GUUGCUACUAAUGGGAUUAUUGCAGUGAAUGAACCUUCAAGUGAAGAAAAAUAUCUUGGUCAAUUCCCAAUCAGUUUUGGGGCUAUUGCUCCUUUUAUGGCUGACCUGGACACAACAGAUGGACGUGGAAAUGUGUAUUACAGAGAAGAUUCAUCCUCAGAUGUCUUGCAACUUGCAUCUGACUAUAUCAAAAGAGGUUUUCCUGAGACUACUUUUGAUCCCAGCAGUGUUGUCAUUGUUACCUGGAAGCUCGUGGCUCCUUACCAGGCAUUGGGAGAAGGUCAUGCUUUGGAAGAAAAGAGAAACACAUUCCAGGCUGUUUUAGCCUCUUCUGACUCCAGUUCCUAUGCUAUUUUCCUUUAUCCAGAAGAUAAUUUGCAGUUCUAUAGCACAUACUCCAAGAAAGAUGAUGAAAAGAUUCCUGCUAUGGUUGGCUUUAGUCAAGCCUCUACAAACUACUACUUUUGGGAAAAGCCAGGAUCCUACAAUGUCAUUGCUAAUGAUGAAGACAGCAUUAGAAACCUGCACAAAAGCAGCAAUGCUGGGAAGCAAGGUCUCUGGGUGUUCGAGAUUAGCAGCUCAUCUGACAGUAUUGUGCCUGCCAAGAUCAGCAACAUUUUGGAAAGCCUCGAGUCCAAUGAACAAGACCAGGACAUGACUUCAAAACCAUUUAUGUCAGAUUAUGGCUCCACUGAAAUAAGACAGCAGUAUGUCACCAGUAGUACAGACAGCACAGAGGAGGAUCAGCACUACGUUACAUAUAGUGUUCCUCAGCUGGCUGAAGACGACUUUCUGACUUCAUACCAAGAUGUAACUGGAACACCUUCAACUGAGUCUUUUUACAGUCAUCAAGAUUUCCCAACAGCAAAAGCCCCACCUCGCCAGUUCCAGGUCCAGCAACCCCCACAGCAACCCCAAGUCAUAGAUGUGGAAGAAUUUGAUGAAACUGGUAUAGUGUUUCGCUACAACACAGAUGUCCAACAGACCUGUGCUAACAACCGCCACCAGUGCUCUGUUCAUGCCAUUUGCAAAGAUUAUCCCAAUGGAUUUUGUUGCAGUUGUAUUGCUGGUUACAAAGGAAAUGGUAGACAGUGCAUAGCAGAAGGUUCCCCUCAGAGAGUCAACGGGAAGGUCAAAGGAAGAAUCUUUGUAGGAAAUAACCCCGUUCCAAUUAUAUUUGAGAACACUGAUCUCCACUCCUAUGUUGUGAUGAACCAAGGGCGUGCCUACACUGCUAUCAGCACAAUCCCAGAGACUUUGGGGUAUUCUUUGCUGCCUCUUGCCUCUAUUGGAGGUAUCAUAGGAUGGAUGUUUGCUGUGGAACAGCAAGGAUAUAAAAAUGGAUUCAGCAUUACUGGUGGCGAGUUUACACGGCAAACUGAAGUAACUUUUCUUGGCAACAAUGAGAAGCUGGUUAUCAAGCAGAAAUUCAGCGGAAUUGAUGAGCAUGGUCACCUGACCAUCAGCACAGAGAUGGAGGGCAGAAUACCUGAGAUCCCCUCUGGCGCAUCAGUCCAUAUAGAACCAUACACUGAACUCUAUCACACUUCUAGUUCUGUGAUCACUUCAUCAUCCACGAGGGAGUACACAGUGACAGAGCCAGAAAGGGAUGGGGUUGCUUCCACGUACACAGGGGCCUAUCAGUGGCGACAGACCAUCUCAUUUGAUGAAUGCAUUCAUGAUGACUCUCACCAUGCUACUUCUGCUACUCAGCAGCUCUCAGUGGAUGGUGUAUUUGUCUUGUAUAACAGAGAUGAGCAGAUUCUGCGAUACGCUAUGAGUAAUUCCAUUGGACCAAUCAGUGAUGGUUCUGCUGACAUUAACCGGAAUCCUUGCUACACUGGUACCCAUAACUGUGACACCAAUGCAAUCUGUCGUCCUGGAACUGGAAAUCGUUUCUUCUGUGAAUGUUCAAUUGGCUUCCGUGGAGAUGGAAGCGUUUGUUAUGAUGUUGAUGAAUGUUCAGAGCAACCAGCUCUAUGUGGCAGCAAUGCAGUCUGCAACAACCAGCCGGGAACCUACCGCUGUGAGUGUGUUGAAGGAUACCAGUUUGCAGCCGAUGGGCGGACUUGUGUUGCUGUUGAAUAUGCCAUAAACCAUUGCCAGACAGGCACACACGACUGUGACAUUCCUCAGCGCGCCCAGUGUGUGUACACCGGUGGGUCUGCCUACAUCUGCACGUGCCUCCCUGGCUUCUCCGGAGAUGGGCGAGCCUGUGAGGAUAUAGAUGAAUGUCAACAGGGCCGCUGUCAUCCAGAUGCUUUCUGCUACAACACUCCUGGGUCCUUCAGCUGCCACUGUAAGGCAGGUUAUCGUGGGGAUGGUUUCCGAUGUGUGUUAGGAGAAGUGGAAAAGACCAAAUGCCAACAUGAACGAGAAGUAGCUCUUGGAAGUGGAGGCACUUUCUUCCAGAGGGAGAUGGGAGUUCGUCACUUCAUUCCGCAGUGUGAUGAACAUGGGAAUUACCUACCCACCCAGUGCCAUUCUAGCAGUGGAUAUUGUUGGUGUGUAGAUAGGUACGGAAAUGAGAUUGAUGGCACCAGAAGUGGCCCAGGAGUUCGACCACCAUGUCUGAGCACAGCUGCUCCUCCUGUUGUUAUUGGGCCCUCUGUUCGACCAGAUACAGUACCUCUGCCACCAGGAACACACUUGCUCUUUGCCCAGAGUGGUAAAAUUGAACAUGUUCCAUUAGAGGGAAACAAUAUGAAGAAAAAUGGUGCAAAAGCACUCCUGCAUAUUCCAGACAAAGUUGUUAUUGGAGUUGCUUUUGAUUGCACAGACAAGAUGGUUUAUUGGACAGACAUCAGUGGCCCUUCAAUCAGCAGGGCUAGCCUGAAUGGUGGGGAGCCAACAACCAUCAUCAAAACAGACUUGGGAAGUCCUGAAGGGAUAGCUGUAGAUCAUCUGGGUCGCAACAUCUUCUGGACUGACUCUCAACUGGAUAGAAUAGAAGUGGCCAGGCUGGAUGGGCGUCAGCGUCGCAUUCUUUUUGACACUGGCCUAGUGAACCCCAGAGCAAUCGUUGUGGAUCCUGUGAGAGGAAACUUGUACUGGACUGACUGGAACAGAGAAGCUCCUAAAAUUGAAACCUCAUACAUGGAUGGCACAAACAGAAGAAUUCUUGUUAAAGAUGAUCUUGGGUUACCAAAUGGGCUGACAUUUGAUCCUUAUUCCUCAAUGCUGUGCUGGGUAGACGCAGGUACCAAGAGGCUGGAAUGCAUGAACCCUAAUCAGCUUGGUCGAAGAAAGAUUGUUGAAGGAAUUCAGUAUCCUUUUAGUGUUACAAGCUAUGGGAAGAAUUUAUACUACACAGACUGGAGAAGAGAUGCUGUUGUAGCAGUGGAUCGCAUGAUUUCAACAGAAAAUGAUAACUUCCAGCCUCACAAGCGCUCCCGUCUCUAUGGAAUCACUACUGCCUUUGCUCAGUGCCCAGGAGGACAUAACUACUGUACAGUGAAUAAUGGUGGUUGCACUCACCUCUGCUUGGCUACCCCAGGAGGCCGUUCUUGCCGCUGCCCUGACAACACGGUUGGAGUGGAUUGUAUAGAAAGAAACUGAGCAUUAAAAUAUGUUAGAGCAGCAGAUGCCUUUUGGAAAUGUGCUGUAAACAAUUCACUCCUAUCAACACAAUGAGGCCUUAAAGAUAAGUGCUCCAUGCUGCUGAGAGCAAGCCAUGAUGCACAUAUGCAAGCACACACAGAGGCAAUAACUGUUUUGUAGCAGUUGAGCAAGACAAAGCUGCCCAGGUUGGGUCCAACUGUAUCUUGUUCCUUCUAAUAUUAUC